GUCACGUCUCACGUUCCGCGGUUUUUAAUCAUUAAAAAUAAAAAGAACAAAUGUAAAUGAACAAUAAUAUUUUGUGAGCAUUGUGAAUAGGACUUAAAAUGAAGUUGGAAGUAUGUUUUUUGUUAAUGAUCACGAGUAUAAGCAACAACGGAAAAGCGUCUUUGGAAAGCUUCGCGCCGGCAAAUGCGCACGUACUUUUUGAGGAUACUACAAAAAGCUCCGAUGCAUCGUGCUACCGACCUUGUAAAUUCAACGUGAAACCAAGGCGAUGCCACUACUCUUUCAUCGUAGAACCAACAGUUCUAGAAAAUGGUCGGACAUCCAUAUCCAUCAAUGGGAUGACACCAGGACCUCCAAUAAACGUCUGCGUAAAUGAUGUAGUAGUUGUAGAAGUGAAGAAUAAAAUACCCAAUGAAGAUAUCAGUAUACAUUGGCAUGGUAUAGAACAGAAAGGAACGCCGUAUAUGGAUGGAGUUCCUAUGGUUACGCAGUGUCCUAUAUCUUAUGAAACUACUUAUAAGUAUGCAUUCAUUGCUUCAUCCCCUGGGACUUAUUUUUAUCAUGCUGAUUCAGUUGCUCACCAGAGUGAUGGCGUUUAUGGAUCUUUGAUUGUUAACCAGCCCCAGCCAUUAGAGCCUCAUUCAGCUCUGUAUGACUAUGACAGAAGUAAUGAGAACACUAUUAUGUUUGCGGCAAAAUUCCCAGAACUACUCACCGGUAAUUUAGAAGAUGUGGGUCGAAAGGUCCCGAAUGCUCUAGUCAUUAAUGAGUAUGAAGAAGAUGUGUUUAAGUUAUUCGUUAUUCCCGGCUUCGCUUAUAAACUGCGGUUGAUCAACGCAAUAGCUAUCGAGUGUCCUGUAGUGGUCAGCAUUGACCAACACGAAAUGCUUGUGAUUGCGACCGACGGGAAACCUGUCAAACCACUGGCUGCUAAGAGCGUUUUACUGUAUCCAGGAGAGCGGAUGGACGUAGUAGUGCGGGCUUCGCAGGAAGUCGGCGGCUAUUGGCUGAAUGCUCGGGGCACCGGCGCGUGCGCUGGUCUGUCUACGAACACUAUGUUGAUCUACUCCGGGUUCAAUUACACUGCCAUGCUUCACGAUGAUCUGAAUUCUGUGGUAUCGGAGCCGAAUCUUUCACCCCCUGUCUACGGUCAGCAGUUAGACUCUCUUCAGGAUUCAUCAACCCAUCAGAAAAUUAGACCCGUCUACUUGGGAAUUGACAGGAACGUGAUAAAGUUCAAGGAGACUGACAACGAUUUCCGAUACAUCAGUGAUGCUAUCCCGAAGAGACCAUUCUUUCCAGCGUCCCUAUCACUUCAAGAUACCGGUGUAGUCCAAAUCAACGGUAAAAAUUUCCUUUACCCUAACUCACCGAUCCUUCUAAGUCCUCGGGGCGUGAAGACAGAGUCACAGUGCUACGUGGGUGAAGAGACCAGGGAUAAGGACCCACAGUGCCUACAAAUAUUGAAGGCGUUUGAGGGAGAGCUGCUUGAAAUAGCAUUGGUGAAUGAAGGAUUUAUAUUUGGUAGCAAUGAAUCAUACACAUUCCAUCUGCACGGAUACCCAAUGUACGUGGUGGCUACCGGGCAGAAUGCUGACAACAAACCUCUUUCGAAGGAAGAAUUCUAUAAUCUUGAUGCGGAGCACAAAAUUAACAGAAAUCUUAUAACCCCACCAAUAAAGGACACUAUAGUAGUACAAAAUAAAGGUUAUACUAUUGUUCGUGUGAAAAUCGACAAAGGAGGUAGUUGGUUGCUGGAGUGCCGAUCCUGUGGGCAGGCUUUACCUGCAGCUGUGCUCAUCAAUGUUCCCCAGACGUUGCCCAAGACCAUUACAAGUUUAUUAUCUAAAUGUGGCAGCUUCAGGCCACCUGAUGUCUUGUUGAAUUAAAACUGAGUUGAGACUGAUAGUUUACUUAAUAUAGUUAUAGAUACUCAUAGAAGUAAUUAGUUCACAAUGGUCUUACUCGUAGUAAUAGUUGCUGAUUAUAAUGGGACUAAAACUUCUAUUGAUACUGGUAAGGCUAUUUCAAUUAGUGAACAGUUAGAUACCGAGUAAUCAACGAUGUUGAAAUCGGGUACUUUUAUUCUGAAUUUCGAACUUUGUAGAAAUUGGAAUUUUUGAUUCGAUUUUAACAAUGUUAUGGGAAUAAAUGUGACUCUUUAAUUGAUAAUUAAAGUUUUUGUGGGUCCUUUUUAAAAAUGGAUGAAUGCUGUCGUUUCAUCUAGAGUGGCAGGUCUAGUGAAAUUUUGGAUGUUUUUGUAUUUUUCUAUGUAACAUAUAAUGAA